UCAGCUGAUAGUUCUCAUUUAUAAUCAGCCUGAGCAGCAGCCACAACGUCUUUCUUACACUCACAUGUGCCUACUCUCAUUCUUGCUUUCUUUCUUCAUUUGUUCUUGUCACGAUCACAGUUCCCUUACCUGAGACCUCAGUUUUAGAGAUACUAGACUCAUGGCUACAAAAAAGGAGAGCAUGGACAACUUUUCGUUUGAUGCUGAGGGCAAGGUAAAUCAUUUCUGUGGGUUGACAAAUGACCAGAAAACAGACAUAUCAAAAGAAGACAGAAAAGACAAAUUAGCUUACUGUGUAACUGACAUACCACCAUGGUACCUUUGUAUCAUCCUAGGAAUUCAGCACUUCUUAACUGCGUUUGGUGGAAUCGUUGCCAUCCCUCUGAUCCUUUCUCAGGGUCUCUGCCUGCAGCAUGAUGGACUCACUCAGAGCCACCUGAUCAGCACCAUCUUCUUCGUUUCAGGGAUAUGUACCUUAUUGCAGGUCACCUUGGGGGUCAGGUUGCCUAUUCUUCAAGGUGGGACUUUCACUCUUCUUGCACCCACAACAUCCUUGCUGUCCAUGCCAAACUGGGUCUGUCCUGCCUGGACACAGAAUGCCACCCUGGUCAAUACCUCCUCCCCUGAGUUCAUCCAGGUGUGGCAAAGUCGCAUACGGGUGAUUCAGGGUUCGAUCAUGGUGGGCUCCUUGUUCCAGGUGCUGGUGGGAUUUUCUGGUAUUAUCGGUCUGUUCAUGAGGUUUAUUGGUCCUCUGACAAUUGCACCCACCAUCUCUCUUAUUGGCCUUUCUUUGUUUGACUCGGCUGGCAUGAAUGCAGGAAACCACUGGGGAAUCUCAGCAAUGACAACAUGUUUAAUUGUGCUGUUUUCCCAGUAUCUCUGCCACAUUGCCAUCCCUCUCCCUGCAUACAGCAAGGCCAAAAGGUUUCACAUCUCCAAGAUUAACAUCUUUCAGAUUAUUCCUGUCCUCCUGGGAAUCACAGUUUCAUGGCUCAUCUGCUACCUGCUGACUAUCUAUAAUGUCCUCCCAUCUGAUCCAAAUCAGUAUGGGUAUCUUGCUCGCACAGACAUUAAAGGAGACGUAAUGGGGAAUGCACCUUGGUUCAGGUUUCCUUAUCCAGGCCAGUGGGGCUUACCAACUGUGAGUCUGGCAGGGGUGUUAGGAAUCCUGGCAGGAGUCAUAUCCUCCAUGAUUGAGUCAGUAGGUGACUACCAUGCUUGUGCUAGGUUAAGUGGUGCUCCACCUCCACCCAAACAUGCAAUCAACAGAGGGAUUGGGAUUGAAGGCUUUGGAUGCCUGCUUGCCGGAGCCUGGGGGACGGGCAAUGGAACCACUUCUUAUAGCGAGAAUGUCGGUGCACUGGGCAUAACUAAGGUCGGCAGCCGCAUGGUGAUUGUUGCCAGUGGUGUCAUUAUGAUCAUAAUGGGACUGUUUGGAAAAAUUGGAGCCAUUUUUAGUACAAUCCCAACACCCGUUAUUGGAGGGAUGUUUUUAGUUAUGUUUGGAGUUAUAACUGCAGUUGGUGUUUCCAAUCUACAGUAUGCAGAUAUGAACUCUUCUCGUAACAUCUUUAUCUUUGGCUUCUCGAUGUUUACGGGACUUGUCAUUCCAAACUGGAUAAUAAAAAAUCCUGAUGUCUUAAACACAGGUGUAGUGGAGUUAGAUCAAGUUCUGCAGGUUCUUCUAACAACCGGCAUGUUUGUUGGAGGAUUUUUUGGAUUUGUUCUUGAUAACACUGUCCCUGGAACAAGACAUGAGCGUGGCAUAACUGUAUGGAACAAGGCUCAUGAAGAUGAGUCUGAGAACACUUUGGAAUGUGAGGAGGUCUAUGGCCUGCCCUUUGGCAUCAGUUCUCGACUUGCAUCUUACUCCUGGGUUAGAUAUAUACCCUUUUGCCCCUCUUAUAAUGCCAGACCACAGAAUGACACAUCCAGCAACUCACUUGGGAAGAAGAAGCCUUGCAAAGAUAACCCGCACGUCAUCGUAUCAGCGGCACUAUAAUCAUUUAUACGGACACUUCAUGAGGAAACAUUCACAUUUGUGGGGCUCUAUUUGUAAAAUCUUUGUGUUAUAAUCAUAUAUUGAAGAUAACCUGUGAAAGCUGAGACUACUGUAAAAAUACUAAAUGCUCAGAAUUUACUAAUGAACUAAGGCAGCUAUAAGAUAUGUUAUUUUAUUCUCAAUGUUUUCCUGUUCAUUUUUAUAUUAUAUUAUAUUAUAUUAUAUUAUAUUAUAUUAUAUUAUAUUAUAUUAUAUUAUAUUAUAUUAUAUAUUUUCUUGUACUGAUGUGAAUAUGAUAUGAAUAUAAUUUGCUAGGAAAAACUGCAUUUUUUCAUUCUUGUUCGAAUGAAUUUCAUCCGAUUAAAAAAAAAAAUUACUAUUAAUCAAAACACAAAUUUGAAUAUCAUUAUUUUGAAUUAUUAUAUUUGAAUAAUAGAAUUGAAUUUUGAACUGCAAUAGAAUUUCAUGUUUCAUGCAAAACUAAAACCUUAAACCAAAUUCAAAAAAAGUAUGAAUAUAUUCAGUAUAAAAAUCUUUUUAAUUUACCUAAAUUUAAUUCACAUUAAAUUUAGAUUUGCAUUUUUAAAUGACAUCCAAGUAACUUGCAGGCAAAAGCAAUCGAGCACAGAACCCCUUUUUCCCCGUUCAAAAAAAGCUUAAUUUUGCAUUUCAAACAUUUAUUUGUUUUUUUAUUUAUUUUAUCCAUCAUUUGGCAUGGCACAAUUCUGACACUUAAAAACCUGAAACUGAAUUUAAAAUCUAAUCUUAUAGUUCUGUUUCGAUCUACAUACUCAAGUUCCAACAAGCUUGACAUUCUGUGUAAGAGAGUUAUGUAUGUAUGUACACAUGUCUAUGAAUGUGUGUGUGUGUGUGUGUGUGUGUGUGUGUGUGGUUCUAUAAAAAUAUGUAUUCCUUUUUAUGAAUCACUUAGAUUUUUUCGGCACUUCAGCACUAGAUGUUCACUCCACUUGCAAAACGCUAACUAAAGCUACCAUAUUGUUUUUCUGCCAGACUGAUAAGUCAGGAAUUAUGUCUCCUUUAUCUGAGAGUUAAGUCAUGUUUAAUGGCUUUGUAGAGGUUGAUAAAGCACUCUGCCCAAACA